AUGAUGACCUCCUCCCUUUGGAUCCUGCUCUCAUGGCUACCGCUCUUGUUAUGCCAGGACCACGGACAAUCCACCUUUCAGCUUUUCGAGAAAGACAUCUCAUGGAAGGCAGCUUACAAAGCUCCGUGGCAGACUAUGCCUUCACUUCCGCCGAUGCCUGAUCCCAAAUUCAACGGCACUGCUCGUAUCAAUGACGUGGAUUUGUGGUAUGCCAUGUACGGCGCGGAAUUAUUCAAAAGUCGAUCUGCCGGCUACUCUCCAGUGGUGUUCCUCCAUGGAGGCUUCGCGAACAGCGACUAUUAUGCUCACCAAAUCAGGCAUCUGGAACACGGGCCAUACACGCUCAUCACCGUUGAUUCCCGAGCACAGGGUCGUUCCUCUGACGACCUGACUCGGCCUUUGACGUACGAUGCCAUGGCUGAAGAUGUCAUUGCCCUCAUGGAUUACCUGGAGGUUGACCGCUUCUCAACGGUCGGUUGGUCCGAUGGGAGCUGUCUUUCAUUCGAUCUAGCUAUGAAUUACAGCCAGCGCAUCGACCGUGUAUUUGCCUUUGGUGGUACAUACAGUUAUGAGAACAUCAAUGCCACGGUCAUGGAGACCGAGACUUUUUCAACGUACAUGCGUUGGGUUCAAGAUGACUUUAAGAGGCUUUCUCCGAGCUCCGGGACAUUCGACGAGUUCGAGGAGCGAAUGAUGCAGAUGUGGAGCUCAGAACCUGUGUGGACUGCUGAGUCGUUCCAAAAGGUGCCGUCGCUGUUCGAUGAUCCCGAUGCUCCUAUCAUCUGGAUCGUUGCCGGCGACUCGGAGGAAGCUGUGACGCGAACGACGCCUGGAAACUUGCACAGCUGGAUCUGGGGUUCUUCUCUCGUCACCCUGCCAUCAGUCAGCCACUUUGCGAUGUUUCAAGACCCCAAAACAUUCAAUAUCCUCCUGGGACGACUCUUGGAGCUUGAGCGAUGA